AUGUGUCUCUAUCACUACAUCUAUUUCUCCACUUGUCAACACGCCGAACUCAGCAAAGUGACCUAUUGCGACACGGCGAUAUCUCUCGGCCUGCACAAGCGGGACAGUCAUUUGUCGCGAGGUGUCAGUGCAGCCAAUCACCCACCUGGCCGCCACGGUCCAUUGCCUACUCCUCGACCGACACAUCCUGCAAACAAUAACAGUUCUUCGAAUUCGUAUAGUCAGCAGCAUCAUCACAGCAUGUCGACACUCACACCCUUCGAGAUUGGGGCGCCUCUCGCGUGGGAUGUUGCCGCUGCAAAACGAGACGAGCGUUUGGAUCAACAUGCAGCAUAUAUUCCGCGCUCAGUCCUCAAGGAUGGCGUUGUGAUCAGUCGGGAGAACAACAUAGCACACGCCAGCUCGCUAUUGAAUACGCCAGACUUCCGAACCUUGAACAUCGAUAUAUCCAUAGACACUCGGCCAUCGCUCCCUGUAGAGCUCACUCACGACGUACCUCACCACGAUCUCGUCCGCACGUCCACCAAGUCUACCCGUCGGCCCUCUGACUUGGAUUCGGAGACCGUCCGGGGGAGCCACGAUGCUCGUGCCCGGAUCCACGCUGACAGAUACACUGUUGGUCACAGUGGCCAAGGGUCUCGCAGCCCCCGCAAGUCAAUACCUACACACUGGCUGCCCAAAAGCAGCGGUCCGAACUUGGCCACAGCCCAACGUGCACGGGUCCGCGACGGCAAGAAGGGAUCUCAAGGUGGUUCUCCAAUCGAAGUGAAAACCCUUCGCGGAACACGCAGCUCGAUCGAUCUGGCCAGGAUGCAUGCCGCCGAAGGAGCGACCUUCCUCACCAAGGAGACUCUCGCCGCUGUCGAGAACAACCUCACGUCGCCCUCACUGGCGCACAGUCCUACCAAGCUCCGCCACACUACAUCGAAAGCGACGCUGAAGAGUCCUGCCGGAUCGCCAAUACGCAGCAGUCCGCGACAGCAAGGCACUCUUUCGGUGAAGACGUCGCCGACCAGAAUCUCGUUUCUCAGCACCGACCCCGCAUCGUCCGACCACAAGCGAGCACCUAGCAGCAUUGUCUCAUCUAGUGGAAGGGCAUCUUUCCAUACUGCAGAUGGCUCGCCAGUAAGAAGUCCUGCAGACUCUGAGCUCAGCUUCGAGUCGGCUGUAGAGUUUCUUGAUAAUGUCCAUCUCCCUGUUUCUGAUGUGAAGGCUAACAGUGAGGAUGAUCAGAUCAAGAGCUCUGGUCGUUUCUCGACAUCUCCGACUAAAGCAAAACCAAAGCUCACUCUCGAUACAGCUUGUGACACGUUAGCCUUUACGGAUCUCAAUUCAGCAACCACAUCGGCGUCCACUGCCAGUUCUGGAGACGAUUUCUGCCAAGGAAGCAGCCCGACCUCACCCCUGCAGGCGUCACGCAUACCUCGCAUGUUGGCAGCAAACAAGUCAGGUUCUGCGCGUGACUCCAAACCAGCUUCAGCACUGAAGCAGUCAAAAUCUGCGUAUGCCACAUCCCCGCAGCAGACUAAACCGCAGCAGGAAUUGCCAAUGGAGUCGCGAGGUGCGCCUCGACACGUAGGUCCCAGAACUGUAUUCCCGCGUCAUGUGCGCACUCUCAACAGCUCAGGCUCAACUCCUAUCUUGUCGCGUCACCGCACGAUUGAAAAAUUGUCAUGCUCAAAUGCUACGGAUCUUUCGACCUGCACCACUGUCCAGCAAGUCGAAAAUCAGGCGGAUGAAGUCCAGGCACAUUCUUCUCGCAAGAAGGAGACACAUGCGCAUACACAAUCAAUGUUUGCAUCCUCUGACUGCAUCGGCACAUCCAGUCAAGCAUCUAGAGCGUCGAGCGGCUCGACUAUCAAAGUUGGGUCAAAUAUCGAAGAUUUCGCUCACGCAAACCCUGUCGUUAUCAGUGAUCGCAAGAGAUCGGACGCUUAUGGUACGAUACUCGAUCGACCAUUGCACAUUUCUCCGCUCAUUGUCAUGGUAACUCACAUUGUUGACAUAGGUUCCGGGUAUUCGAAUGAUGUUCAUGACGAUACUGCCUCGGUCACUUCCAGUCACGCAACCGUAAUCACUCACAAUAUCUCGCCAGUCCGGGGCAGAAGUGCGCAGUACGUGCCGAACGAUCGUAAACAUGCAGACGGUGUACGCUCGAUGGACUCUAGCUUAGCCUCAGAACUCCGUGCAACUGCUCGAGAGUUUAUUCCUGGAGUUUCCCAGGUAUCGAAGGAUAACAAUGCGCUUGCAGGAGAGGCGACACCUGUCCAGCUAGGCGAGUCUUCUGUCAUGCCCAACUUUUACACACUGGACAGUUACGGUGUACCGUGUCUCUACUACAUGUACCCAGUGCCGUAUGUCUAUCCUCCAGGCUUCGGCAAGGGCCGAGCGAAGUCGCCGAGAAAAUUCCGUCCCAGGAAGCAGCGCCCAACUGCACUUGAACAUACUGAACCACAGUACUGCGCUACCCUGGCGGAGAUUGCAGAAGCCUCCAAUACCCGUGAGGCUGAACCUGAACUACGUCAAGCUUCUCCGUCGCCCGAACACCGCCUUUUGGACGUAUGUGUGCCGGAGCUGCUGCAAGUUUCACAACGACAAUCUUCUGCUCCGACCCAUACAGCACACAGUCUCAAGCCAUCCGCACAAGCCGUGUCCCUUGAGCCUGAGGAUCGAUUUCUGACCAACCACUCUACCGUUCCUUUCGCCUGCCAGAUGGACUUUAUCACCCGUCAAGCCGCCAUCCGUAACAAGGACAAUGGCAACACGAAACACAGUCCACCUCCAGAUGUCGACCUAACCACAAUUCGCAACGUCGGCAUCCCCAAGGGUCCGCGCAGUAUGCGUUCGGGGCACAACACUCUGCCCUCCCGCCGCCCGUACCGCAGCAAUGGACUUUAUGGCGGCCGCGCCGCGGUUGGCGUACCGAUGUACGCUACGGCUCCUUUCCCGGAUGCUGUCGCGCCGAUGGGGAGACCGGAUCAAUACCUGGGGUAUACAGUGGGUAGCGAUGCGUGUGGUCGUGUGGAUAUUGACGUCGCGGCUGAGAGGGGUGGAGGCCCGGCGUGCAACGCUUGUGACCCUGAUCAUUAGGGCGUUGAGGGAGAGUUCGUAUGGAAUGAGGUGUAAUGGCAGGUGUUAGAGUUAUUGAUAGAGACUCG